AGUCAGACCAGCUGUACCAUCAGUUCCGUCCAUCAGAAACCCAGAGCCGGGGAUACAGGAUGGCAGAGUUUGACGUUGUUGUGGUGGGAACUGGGCUGAAGGAGUGCAUCCUCUCAGGCCUUCUGUCUAUCUGUGGGAAAAAGGUUCUUCACAUUGACCAGAAUCCACAUUAUGGAGGAGAAUGCGCAUCUUUAUCACCCCUGGAAGAGGUGUAUAAGAGGUUUCAUGUGCCGGGGCCUCCUAAAGGAAUGGGGCAGGGCAAAGAAUGGACCAUCGAUCUAGUUCCUAAAUUUAUGAUGUCCAACGGGCAGAUGGUGAAGAUGCUGCUGUAUACGGAGGUGACGCGCUAUAUGGAUUUUAAGGUGGUGGAGGGCAGCUUUGUGUACCAAGCUGGAAAAAUUCACAAGGUUCCAGUUACAGAGGCGGACGCACAAGCUUCAGAUUUGAUGGGUAUGUUUGAUAAGCGGCGUUUCCGGAAGCUUCUACUGUUUGUUCUGAACUUUGAUGAGCACGACCCUCGAACCUUUAUGGACAUGGACCCCAACAGAACCACCAUGAGGGACGUGUUCAAGCACUUCGACCUGGGAACGGACGUGGUGGAGUUUAUCGGACACGCGCUCGCCCUGCAGGAUGGCGACGAAUACCUGGACCAGCCGUGUCUGCAGACGAUAAAGAGGAUUAAGCUUUACUCUGAUUCUCUCGCUCGUUACAACCACAGCCCUUACCUGUAUCCCCUCUUCGGUCUGGGAGAACUUCCACAGGGAUUCGCCAGGUUAAGCGCUAUGAAUGGAUGUACGUAUCUGCAGAACCGGCAGGUGGACGAUAUCAUCAUGGAGAACGGCAGAGUGGUGGGGGUGAAGUCUCAGGGAGAGGGUUUCCGCUGUAAGCAGCUGCUCUGUGAUCCCAGCUUCGCUAUGGGCCGGGUCAGGAAAGUAGGGCGGGUCAUCCGGGUCAUCUGCAUUCUGAACCAUCCAAUCAGAAACACGCAGGACGCCAGAUCCGCCCACAUCAUAAUUCCACACGCACAGGUCCACCGGAAAUCCGAUAUCUAUGUGUGUAUGGUGUCGUAUGGUCAUAACGUGGCUCCAGAAGGGAAGUAUAUAGCCGUGGUGAGCACCAGUGUGGAGACUGGAAACCCAGAGAAGGAGGUGCAGCCGGGACUGGCACUGCUGGAGCCCAUCGCUCAGAAGUUUGUCUCCAUUAGUGACCACAUGGUGCCCAUGGAUGAUGGAAAGCGAAGUCAGAUCUUCGUCUCUCAUUCGUACGACGCUUCCUCGCACUCGGAGGCGGAGUGUGAGGAUAUUAAAGAUCUGUUUCGCCGAAUGACGGGAGCAGAGUUCUGCUUCGAGGACUUUCACAGAGACGGCGAUGAUGAUUAAAAAGAUAAAAAGAUACACAGACAAAACUCUAACUAAAGACAACUCUUAAAAAAGGCCAAUUCACUGACUGUUUCACUCAGGAUAAUUAGCCUGUUAGCAGCUUUAGAGAAAUAUGUGCUCGGUCCAAGUUUUUAAAAGUAUUAAAAACAAGAAACAAAAAAUUGGUCUGCAAUGUAUGGAAGCUCAUUUCCACCACUUAAAACUAAAUUAUGGGUGCUCCAGGACGUCAUAAUUCUUAGCAAGUUAAAUUAUUACAUUUUUAGGAAAUAAAUAUAUAUUACUUUCUCUUUUCUUGUGUUAGUGUAAGACAUUUUGCUUACUUUAGGAACAACAACCAAAUUUAUUAUAUAAAAUCAGGGAUUUUACUUGGGAUUCUUACUAGUCUUACUUUUUGAUUUUGAGGAUUUUGCUAAUCUUAGGAAAUUUUACUUAGAAAAAAAUAGCUGACCCCAUUAGCAGAUUGGUUUGUUUAAUAUAAACAUAAAGGUCUCAAUAAUGACCUAAACUAGACAAAAAAUAGACAGAAUAUAUGGAAAUUAAGACGUUUAUAUUUGUAUUAAGCAAGAAAACUGCCAACAGGGUAAGAUAAGAAGUAAGGUAAGACUUAAAUCAAGUAAAUAUCACAGAUUCUUUGGAUUAAAUUUGGAUACAAGAGUCAGCAUAAGUUGAGCAAUUACUUUUUUGGGCUUAUUUUGAGGCAAUUUACUUCAAAUAAGGUGCUCACCAUCAGCAGCCGGAGUCCGAGAGAGCACAAUUGUCCAUGCUCUCUCUCUCUGCAUCACAUCCAAGGUGAUUUCGGUCAACACAGGCUUCUGUUAGCUGAUGUGUCAGAUGUGGGUCGCUGCGCUUUCCUCCAAAAAGAGGCGGAGUCUGAUUUAACGAGUAUCGGAGGAGGCAUGUUCUGGUCUUCACCCUCCCAGUGUUUUGAUCAUUACUAAGGAUAAGGGAGUCCUUAUGUUUGGGUGGGGUAAUCGGCCUUCAAAUUUGGGGAGAAAAUGGAAUAAAAGUAUAAAAUUAAAUAAAGUUAUAUAAAAUAAGCAAAAUAAUCUUACACGUACACAAUAUUUAGUAAGACCAAGAUAUAAGGCAUUGCCUUGAAAUAAGAGAAUUUUACUUGCUAAAAUGUUUGUUUUAGUACAUUUAAAUUUUGUUUAAGUACAUUUAAAACCCAGACUCACACUGAUAGAGCAGUAGCUGAGCGGUAGAGUGGCCUAUAGUCAAGCUGACUGACCAGAUUAACGUUUUUUUAAAGCUUUUUUAAAAAUCAUUUUGCCAUCUUUGACCAUUUUUGCAAGGUCCAUCUCAAAAAAAUUUAUUCUUUAUUUUCCCAAACUGUGUCUAAAUAAUUGCAUGAUCUGUAAAAGCUGUAAUAAAGUAUCUGAAGAGUAUUUAUGGUAUAUAAUAAUAAUAAUUCAGUGUUUUACUCUGUAUUGAUUUAAGGCCCCCAGUUUAAAUCUUGAGAAGGACAGAAGGGAAAUAAGAUAGGGAGGGAGAGAUGGAGAACAGAGAGAAACAGAUAGAGGGAGAGAGUGAGAGAGAGAGAGAGAGAGAGAAAAAGAGAAGAGUUGAGUCAGAGGUUAAUGAGGCUUUACCUACAGUGAAUUUGGGACACUGGCCGCUACUUUAACUACAGGAUUACAGACACUUUAGUGAGUGAACUGAGAACUUAGAGUCUGGAUAUAUAUCCCAAUACAGGGGUAUACGAUUCAAUAUAUCACAAUAUAUUGUGAUCCUGUAACCAUGGUGAUAUAUUGUUUAAAGUGAAAUUUAGUAUAAAAACACUAUCACACUUAUAAAAUCUGAACAAAAGAAAAGUUUUCUUUAUGCAGUCAUAGCCAUGGGAUCUAAUGAAAAGUGGGCAGGGUUUACGCACAAUACUAAAUUAACCACUUCUGACACCAAUCUUUAUAUAUAAACUAUUGUAAUAAUUAAAAAUUAUUGUAAUUUUUUAUUUAUUUGUAUAUCUCUUCCCCCUCCACUAUUUUUGUUUGUCUUGUCUGUGCGAGUGUAUGUAUGUAUGUAUUUUGGUUGCAUACCUUAAUCCAAUAAAUAAAACAAUAAGAAAUGUGCAUUUUA